GAGCUCUAAAAUUCAUUUUAAUAAUGAUCAAAUUACUAAAAUGAUAUCAAAAAAAUACAAUCCAAACAAUAGUGAUGGGACCUGGUUUAUUUCAGAAAAGAUUGCUGGCCCAUUUGACAAAGAAAUUGAUUCAAGAAAAGUUGCUAAAGAAUGGUCGGGUACUUCAAAUGAUUGUGAAAAUGAAAGUAACUGUCCAAUUAAUGAUACUGAUUAUGCAGAGAGUGAUGAUAGUAAUUCAUCUAUUAUUACAAAUGUUAGAAACCGAAAAAAAUCAAAAAGAUACUCCUCAAAAUCUUUUAUCACUCAAAAACAAACAUUGCAAUUUCCAUGUCCCCCUAAAAAAAAAUUAAAGGGUAAUAUAGAAUCUCAAAACAAAAAAAGAAAAAUAUGUUUACAAGCAGAUCAUUCAUCAGAGCUCAUCACUGGUGAUACUACCAAUGACUAUUCUAUAGCUGUAGAAUCAUCACAGAUGGCUGCAGAAUCAGAAGACAUGAAGCUACUAGAAGUUUUAAACAAUAGUGAUGACUUGAGCAUGUCAGAGUUCAAAGAUGAAAAUUUUUGUACAGAUUCUAUUGAAGAUACUCAUUCUAACAUAAAUCAACCGAUAAUUAUUGCAAUUCCUUCUCAAAAUUUGAUCAAUCCAAUAAUUUUCUUCGGGAGCAGAAGAUCCAAGAACUAACACCAAAUUUCCAGGAUCGCAAUAGACUUUAAUUAUAUUUAAUAUUACUGUUUCUAAACCAAGACCUCUGUUUAAAUAAUCACAUCAUAAG